GGGUGGCAGCAGUGCUGCAGGCUUCUCAUGUCAACUGCAGAAGAAGAAGGCGCAUCAGUGGCGGGUUCUCUGAUUCUCUGGCGCUGCAGCUCAUCAAAAGGAUUCAGCCGCCAUGAAUGACCAACAGGACGACGGGAUGAGCGACUUCUCCAACUUGGAGGAUGAAGCUUUCCCUCCUCUUCCUCCCCCUCUGUCCCCUGGAGCAGCUCAGUCGCAGGGCGACCCGUUUGGAGAAGCUGAGGAGGGCGAGGUGUCCAAGCUGGCCGACGUUCCGGCUGCCAAGAGGAAAGGAGUGAAGAGGCCGCAGCCAAAGCUGGACUCCCACAGGCUCACUUCAGACAGAGGAUUGCCGGCUCUGCGGACCUUGUUCGCCAACGCUCUCUUUAAGGGCAAAGGUCACGAGGCGGAGGACCUGCGGCUGCUCAUGCAGAAGAUGGAGAACUGGGCCCACCGGCUCUUCCCCAAACUGCAGUUUGAAGAUUUCAUCGACAGGGUGGAGAAGCUCGGCAGCAAGAAGGAGGUUCAGACCUGCCUCAAACGGAUCCGACUGGACAUGCCCCUCACGGACGAAGACUUCAUGGACAAACCAGGCGCGGAGGAGCCGCCGGCUGGAUUCCAGGAUCCCGAUCCGGUCAUCAGCCAGGCCUCCUUUACCGAUCCUCCAGGUCCGGUCCACUCCACCCCGGUCCCGGCUCCUCCCUCCCUGACCGAGGAGCAGCGCCGGCGGAUGGAGCAGAACCGGCAGCGAGCGCUGGAGAGGCGACUGGCCCGGCAGCAGCAGACAGAGCCCCAGGCUGACACAGGAAGUGACCUCAGAGCAGAUCUCAACGGGUCUACUGAGCAGAACCAGAAGCCAGGAGAACAUCUGGACCCGGAUCCGUCCGGCAGCACAAAGACUCCUCCACCUGAGGUUUCUGAACCCGACCCUUCAGCAGAACUUCCUGCUGAGGAUGAGAAAGAAAAAAGUCCAAGCUCCCAACCCUGAGGUGUGUCAAAAACUGGAUCUCUGCAACAGAAUCUUCUACCAGAACCAAACUACAGAACCUUCCUGGUUCCUGAGCUGGAGCCUGAAAAAGUUCUGCCAUUUUAGUUUAAA